UAAAACCUUAGUUAAGUUUUGAUUUUAAAUAUUAUAAAUAUUUCGAGAAAGAAGCAAGGAAUAAAUGAAAAAAGUCAAUACUCCAUCCAGAGCAUUUGUGGGUCAUUUCAUAAAAACUGAAUUCAGCAAUUGCAGCGGAAAACAACCCCGUUUUUGUCAGCAACAAGAAUUAGGAGACGCGCAUGUCAUGCCUUACCGUUAUUAUAAAUUCCUAUGCAUUUACUGUUUGCUAUUAUUCGAAAUUUUCUCGAAAUUUGCUCUUAGUAAGUGAGUCGCGUUAGUUUCGUAAACAUCGGUGAACGAAUAUCGUGAUUUAAUAAAAGUGAUUGAAAGUAAAUGAAUAUAAGGAUAUCAGAAUAAAAUUUAUAAACUCUGAUUGUAAGUUUGUGUGUGGUUUAAGUUAAAGAUGAAAAAGAAAGAAAAACUACAAUAAAAUUAAAAGUGCGGUACGGUAUGAAGCAUUCAAUAUGAUUUUGGAGGAUGUAGUCGUAAAACGAACCAAAUAUGCAAAUAUGUCGUGAAACAUCUUAGAAGGCAGAGAAUAAUAAACAUAAGCCGAAAUAGACAGUAACCGUAAAUUAAGAAUAGAAAACAAAAUAUAAAUAAAGCAAACGAAUAAAAAAAGUCCUUUACCCACUACAAAGACACACAGUUUUCGAGUGAACAGUUUGAAUCUGCAUAAUUAAAGCAUUAAGUGCCACUUGAAAAAAUGAAAAACUUAAAUACAAUAAAAAUUUGUUUUUGAAACAACAAGGAAUACAAAUAAUCAUAAGCAACUUCUUUGUUUUUGUUCUGUAAAAUUCGGGACAUUGUUGUCAUCGCAGUAUGGCUACUAAGGAAACGACAACCAAUGCUCGUUUGCUUACGACUGGUUUAUCGCGUAUUCCUCUGGCUGGUACUACGCGCUGUCCGGUCUCAGUUUCUGCGUCAGUCAAGACGUCGCAGAUCUUACGACCAUCUGUAUCGUUGGUUAAAUCCCGGCCACCUACCUAUUCGACUUUAAGAUCUUCUUCGCAACCAUCAAGUUUGGGAGUUCGAAAAUGCUCAUCCGGUGAUCGUAUCAGUAACGUUAAUAUAAUGGGAAGGAAGACGACUACUGUGUUAAAAAAGUUUCUUUCGAAACCGGAAAAAAUUUCUACACAAAUACCAAAAGCACCUGGGAAACGUUUAUUUAACUCUAAACAAACCAACGAUCAAGUACCUAACACCUUAACAAGGUCCGAUACUUUUACAUGCAGUAAUACUAAGCUCGAUAUUUUUAGUGCAGCAAAGGCUGAUAUUUUGGUACAAUCAACCCCAUUACCAGUCACAGGUAAGGUAGCAAAAAAAUCGCAGCAGUUAUGCGAGAAUACCCGUUCAUUAGACACAACCACUGUGAUUACUAAGAGCGAGGAGGGUUUGUCUACUAUGCAAAGUCUAGAUUUUACCUAUGUAACCAAUAGAGUUUCAAACAUAGCAGAAAAUCAAAAUUUAGAAAACCAACGGCAAUUACAUAAUGAAUGUGGCUAUAAAGCCGACGCAGAAUCAACUCAAAGCAAUGUAAUAGACGAGCAACCGGUGGAUAUGAAAGCGGAUAAUGUUAAUAUUACUCAUAUUAUUAACAGCACUCAGAUUAUGGAUCGGACUCUAUGUUUCAUUUCGCCUAAAGAGAACAAGUCUAAUCGCGGGGAUCUUACGCAGAUUCUAAAGAGUCCAUUCUAUUCAGAUGCUAAUGUUAAGAAAAUGGAGUCAAAUGAACUGAUAUCGCCUGCAACAAAUGCUACAUUCUCAAAUCCUGGUUCCACCGAAAAUGUGAUGUUAGAAGAUGUUUCGGUACCACCGGGAUUUGAAGAAGAUACUUUGGUGGAGAUGGUUUCAGACGGUGAUGCCGAUGUUACGUUAAUUCCUACAGCGUCUGAAAAAGCAAACAUGAAACUCCCUUUGAACUCUACUAGAAAUACAGAACGACUGUUGGAUAUUUCACAAGUUUAUUCACCACCUAAACCUAUACAGUCAUUGAGUCGAGCAAAUAAUGAGUGUAUAGAGUCGCCGUAUUCUGCUCGACAAAACAAUAAUAGUAAAUUACUUUAUAUGAGUCAAGUUUCAGCAUCAGCUACCACAACGCCUGAUCGCAAUGGGAAAAAGUUUGGUCAAGUUGUCAGCAAAGAUUAUCAGUCAGGUCGUAUGCACCCCCCUUUGCUGCUUAAAGCUGCCCAAAGUGAUUUAGCUCUGCCUGUCUGUACGCCGGAUGAGGAUAUUGAUCAAGAACCCAUGGAUGUCGACAGCACAUUGAUAGCAAUUGGCCAUCGAACCGAAGAGUUUUUAGCUCAAAAUCAGGCAAAAGAGUCGGCCUCGUCAUUACAGGAUGUUAGCAAUACAAAUGAAAAGCCGAAAAGCCGCUUCUCGUUUGGUUUGGAUUUAACUGAGUCAACGCUUGAUUGUUCUAUUGAAUUGGUAGAUGUUUCAUUAUCGUCCACAGUGCUCUCGCAACCGGGCAACGCUAACUUGGGACCUCAUAACAAUUUAACUCACUCUAAUUCAUCGCAAUAUUUGCAUCAAGAUUCACAAAUGUUACGGAGGCAAAAUUCCUUUGACAUGGAUGAAAGUUUAGGAAUAUUGACACCCGAUCAAAUGAAAGAAUUUCUUGAUUCCUCUGCAGCUAAUACGAAUACGAAUAAUUUGGAUUUACCUAUGGUGUUCAAUUCAUGUCAUAACGCAAACAAGUUGGCCUUGCAUCAGAUGCGUAUUGAUCAAACUCCAUCGCCGGAAGAUUUACCAUUGGAUCCGGUUGAGGUGAAAACCGAUAUUGAUAUGAUAUUAAUACAACAACAGCGACUGCAGCAUCAGCAGCAAUUAAAUCGAGAUGCUUAUAAUUCAGGUCAACAGCAACAGCAACAAGAAACGCAAUCAAAUUCAAUUUGUACUGAAUCGAUAUCUCUACACACCGAUACAGAACCUUCGAAAACGGAUCCUAUGACCAAAUCCGGAGUAUCAAAAAUUUCAACCAGCUUUAUAACAAGCGUGACUAGUGUUACCAGCUUGGAUACUGGAUAUCAAGGCGACGGUGAAAUGUCUCGUCCUGCAUCUCGUGGAGCCUGCGAUCAUUCGCCUUCUAACGGACCUGUACGCAAAGGAGUUUCUCGUCAACCCAGUUUCAAUCAGCAGCAACUAGGACAUCUUCCACCUGUUAGACGUCAGGAUCCUAUGACCGAUUCAGAUUUCUUUACCGAAUCUGAUGCCGAUGAUAUUUUUAAUCGGGGAGACAGACGAGCUCAAGUAAUAGAUGGCCAACUGUAUGGACCUAUGCUGCAGCCGGCAACUUCAGUUUUUAUUUCAGAAGAUCCGCAGAUGGAAGAUUCAUGUAUGGAAUCGUCUGGGAUAUUUACUGAUGUAGAAAAUCGUUGUGACGAGGACUUGACGCAAAUGAGACGUCAGGAGCCUCAAAUUUCUGAUAAUUUGGAUCUGUCACCUGAUGCAGACGGCGAUGGUGGUGAUGACUCAACGGAAACAGUUCGAAGUAAUCGAGAAAACAUUAAGCGAUCUUGUCGUUUGUCACAGGAAAGCGAUCGUGCAACAACUAUUGUCUGUAGUGCUCACGCUACAUCAACUGGCCAUUGUCAAGGCCAUUUAAGUGGCGGCAGUCAAACAUCAUCGACAAUACAGAGCAGCAUGAGCACGGAUCGUCUUUCUGCAGCAACUCUCUCCAAUCGUACUUCGUAUUGUAGUGUGGAUGGUAGUGGUUGUAAUGUAGAUUUCAAGAGUUUCUCUUCACUCGACGAAGCUUUCAAUGCAGAAAACGAUAAUGAAAAUGAGGUAAACGUAAAACACUUGCAUACGAAAUUAAGCAAAAGCUCUACAACAUCCACAACUUCGUGGUGUGAGCAAACAAUGCAUAAAAACUUGCCGGCAGUGCAAAGAGUAACUUCGCCGCGUAAACAUGCUUCGUUAUCGUCGCUAUACACAGAAAACGGCGUGUCUGGUGCUAAACCGUCGUCGACAACAGCGACAACUAAAGCAAUAACAGCAACAACAAUAGAAAAUGCAAUAACACCGAUAUAUGUAAACGUAAAUUCGGUUGGACAAUCCGAAACGGGUUCGUUAAGAUCAGGAGCUUCUGGUGCGGGUUCGAAGAGCUCCUUAAAUGAAACUCAAAAUUCGGGCAAAAGCAAUAGUAACACGUUAUCGGGUAAACAACAUUCGCCGCGUACAAAAACCGUAACGAAAAGCGUUAAAAAUCGUGCACCUUACAUUAGUGCAAACAAUAACACCGGAAAAAUCAAUUCACCACCUGUGGUGCGUAAACAUCACUCAUCCAAUAAAUGGGAGGCCGUUAUGAAUCAAAUCGCGAAUAAUAAAGCUAUCAUGAAAACGAAUUACAGUAACGUGAAAUCGAAAGUGUCCACACGUCUUAAUAUGGGUGCUGAGGCGGGUUACACAUCACCAGCUCAAAGUUCACCCACCGUGCGUCGCUCACCCACCAGUUUAGGGAAUGUCAAUAGGCAUCUAAGUCCAAAUGCUAACCGUAAAGCAACAAAUAAAAUCAAUACAAAAGAUGUUAAUGUAAAAGUCAACAAAUUAGCCGAAGGCAACGAUAAUAAAACAAAAGUGCAGCAGCAACAAACAAAUAAACGCUUAUUCCAGGGCACUAUCAAUAAACGUGGCCGUUCGUAUAGCAAAGAUAGUCAAAAAAGCUCACAAAGUGAUUUAAGCUUAAAUAGUGCUGGUUCACCUAAGUUAUUAGCAAAAACUCCAUUGCGAGCUGCCAAAAAGCGUGAUGUGCGAAAUUUAAGUAUAUCACCAACAGAUUUGGGUCCGCCACCUAAGACUCAACAGACGGCAAAUGGUACUUCAACACGGCCUAAAUCUGCUGUUAUGACACUUACGCAAAAACGUUACGGUUCCAGUGGGCAAACAGCCGCUACACAGUCGAGCACUUCAACAACGAUCAGUUCACCAACAAGCGGUAAUAGCGUUGUCAGCGUUAAGAGUGCAACAGCAUCGAAUCAAAAGUUCAUGACAGCAAGUCCGGCAACGGGUAAACUGCCACUAAAAGAUCACAAUCGCAUUUUGAAUCAGACGAUCGCACAGCCAACAAACUCCACCACAUCGGUUAUAUCUACAACAAUAAAAAAUGCCAGUAAAAUAGAGCCAACAACAUCGGAAAUAAAGGAAAUCGGUAGCUCUUCGGCUGUUGUCAAUAAUUUUCUUCCCGAUAAAUCUGAUGAGAAUAAACGUGUUCGCUCGAGGACAUCCUCGCCUUUACCUAAUAAUAGUAAAUUUACUGCUACUAGUGAUAAGAAAAACAAACAACAGCAUCAUGUUCACGCAAGCAGUUCAUUUCGUACCUUGCCCUUACAUCGGCUGUCCGAAGAUGAGCUUACAUUAACGACAUACGAAAAAGAAGAAGCAGAAAAAGCGACACCAUCGUACAAUAAUUCUUUGAAAUAUCAGAGAUUAGAAACCCUUUUCAGGGAACAAAGUCAACAACAAAAUAGAAGCAUUGAGGCGCUGGCAGUGCUCUUGCAAUAUUUAGUGUAUGAUUUGGAUGCGUUUGCUUGCCCUACGGUUAAAGUGCAAAAUGUCACUGCGCAAGAAAAGCUGCGUAAAACUUUGAUAUUACUGGAGGAGACAAAAAGUGCCUGUUCUGAACUGCAAGAUCAGCUGUGCGAUAAAGAGGCCUACUAUGCGCAACGGGAAAAUGAGCUUCAUGCGCUUCACCGUUGCGAAUUGGAGAAAACCAGCCUUCAGCUCUCGGAAUUCCAGCUAUUGGCCAAACAACAGAUAUCGGAACUUGAAAAUCAGCUAAAUGCCAAAGAAACCGAAUAUAAACGUACCUUGGAUUGUUAUCGUCUCGAAAUGGAAAAUAAAUUAUCACAGAAGAAAGAACAACUGAAAGCAGCAGAAGAUCGUGAACGUUCAUUGCAUCAACGCCUUACAGCUGUGGAGCGAUCCGAGCAAGAGUUGCAUCAGCAAAUUACAAAUGUACAGACCACGUGUGCAGGCCGUAUACAAAUGGCCGCCGAGCGUGAGCAACAGGUAAAUGAACGCAUUAAAUUACUCUCCAAAGAGCUGGACCAACUGCGUGCUAUUAAAGAGAAUAAUGAACGCGAAUUAAAGGAUAAACUAAAUUUGUCGCAAGAUGAAUUGGCCGUGUUACGUACUUCACGUCGCAGCUUAAAUGAAAGCGCAGUCAAUAAUUCACCUAGAAAUAGUAGCUCAAUAGCUAAUAUGGAAAUUUCACGCUUGCAAAGUGAAGCGGAAAGCUUACGUUGUGUUCUAGAGCUCAAGCAAAAAGAGAUCUCUAAACUUACGAAACAAAAUGAAGAAUUGCUGCGCGAUGCCGAGGAGAGAUCAUCACUGCAGAAUAAAAUCUCUUUACUGGAGUCUAAGAACGAAAUGUUGCAAUCGGAACUGGAAAUCAAAUCAGAUAAAGAAAAGGAUUUUCUACGACAAAUGGAUGAGAUCCAGAAAGCCUUCAAUCAUGAAACUGUUAAGCGCACCCGUCUCUCUUACGAUAAUGAAGCCUUGCAAUGGCAAUUGAAGCAGCGUUCUGAACAAUUGCACAUCGUUGAAGCUAAACUGGCUGAAUUAUCGGCAAGUAAUGAAAUGAUGAACAGCAGUAGUUUGGGUUUGAUAAAUCGUUCGAUGUUAAAUGGAUCGUCUAUGACAAACAGCACUCAUGUGGAAGAUGUGUCACCGCCUUCAUCGCCAGUGGUCAAGGGGGUGAUCGAAAAAACCGAUUCAGUGUCUUGGGUUCUCGAAAUGGAUGAUGAAACCCCGGAGGUUGCCGCGUCCAAAUUGGUUAAAAGAGCUGGGUCAUUUCGUUCAGUUGAACGUAGUCCAUCUACGCGCCGGCAGUUGUCAGUAAGUGCUAACGCAGCCAUGUGCAACAGCAAUGCACUUAAUAACAGUAACAAUAGUAUGAUAGGGGCCGGUCCACAUCCUCUAUCCCAGUCCAUGUCAGCGACAUCGGUGAUUAGAGAACAUUCCAAAGAGGCGACAAAUGAAUUUAUCAAUCGCGCGCAAUCACGUAUACGUUCAAAAUCUGUAAGCGUCAAAGGUACCGAAACCGGACAAAAAUCAACGAAAAAAUUAAUCCGUCAACAUUCUGGAGGAAAUAAUCGGAAAAUUGAAUUGACUGCGAAUGUUUGGAAAGAAUCCUUAGUAACUAGUUCGCCUUAUACGGUGCGCCCACGUUCUUCGAAUUUCAAGAGGGAAUCUUCCAGCGAACAUGGAGAUCAAGAAAUUUUAUUUAGACGUAGCUCACCCAGUAGUAAACUUAUUACUUGUGAUACGUCCUCUCUGAAUUCUGGUGAACGUUUGGAAAUGAGAUCACUACCAUCUCAUCCUUCGGUGCAUGACUUGAAAGGUAAUAAAAAAUGCCAAGAAAUUCAAGAAUCUGCGGGCGAAGCCAUGGUUUCCGGUACAAAUUCUGAAGAUGAAAGCUGUUCAGCUUCUUCGGAUGAUAUGGCAAGUUCAGUAUCCACCUCAUCAGCUGCUGCUUCGGAUUCGACAUCGUCCUCUUCAUCGAACCAAAUAAAAAAUCCUCAUAUUUCAUUGGAAGAAGUGCUGCUAAUUAAGAAGAUUAAUAGCUUAUCAGCUACACCCAUGGAGGUCAGCUGGUCCGAAGAAGGAGAUACAUUCGCGAACAGCUCAACGCUAUGACACGAAACGCCCGAAAUGUAUGAAGUUAUUGAAGAUGAUGAAGAGGAUAGUUUUUGAAAAAAUAACAACAACAAUAACAAUGUAACAAUAAUAACCAAAUGAGAGUAAGAAGAGCAACAGAGCAUAAUAUGCAAAUGCUGUGAAAUGCGUGAAUAUGUCCCAUAAGUUUAUGUUAUAUCUAUUUCUCCAUUUCCAUGUGUGGAUUUGGUGGGUCUGUAAAAACGCAUUUUCUUAUUUUUUUCCUUUUUUUUGCUUUUUACUUCGCUUUCUCUUUACAUUUAUGAAAUUGUUUUCAAUCCCUAUGGGAUCGGUCGAUAGAGAUCAUUUCGGAUUGAUUACAUUGUGUGUUUUGAAAGAAGAAUGAUACGCGAGAGUGAGUGUUGCCUUCUAUCAUCUCUCCUUUAAGUACUGCGUCGUCCAUUGGAAGAGAAGAAUUAUUUUAGCAAUACAUGAAAUAUUUUUGUUUUUAUUUUAAUUUAUAUCCUUAUGAAUGCAUUAUAAAUUUUGUCCUGUACAUAUUUUACUUAUUUGUGAUUUGAAAUACAACAAAAGAAAGCGGUUACAAUUUAAAUAAAACAUAUUUCUUAUCAUUAACGUAACGUGCUAGCUACUGCUAUAGCUGCUAUAGAAAGCGCAGCAGUGAUCACCAAGACGGGCGAGAAUCUAUAAACUCCUCUUUUACUAAUCAUAAACUAUAUCGAAAUUCUUCGUCACGGGAGGGAUGAAAAAGCAAAGGACAAAUCUUAGAAUGAUAUGGAAGCAGUCGGUCAUCUUCGAAAGUGUUGUAUUUUAAUUUCACUAUAAACGGAAAACUUUCCUAAGAUUUCUUAGAUAUCGAAAAAUUCGAUUUCGCGUCAAUUAUGUCGUUGUCUGAUUCCAGCAGAACGCUUCCAGCAAGCUGUCGAGACAAGCUUUUGAACUUUUAAAAUGAAAGUACAAUUUUUUUACAUUCAUUUUCUUUGGCUUCUAACAAUCUACUAACUAACUUAUUCCAAUGACGUUUAAUAGUCUAAGCUUUGUAAGGCUUAGUCAAAUCAAUUUUUGUUUUAUAAUGUAUGGACACUUUAAAGGAUAAGAGGGGGUUUUUAUUGCUUUGCUCAGACUUCGAAGAAUGUUUUGUGAAAUCCCCGCAAAUAAUUUGACAAAAUGGAUUUCGAAUGAUUCAAAUUUUAUUCAGACUUACUUUAAAAUACUGUUCUUACUAAGUAUGCGUUCGUUACGACUGAAGUUGCGAACGGCAGCUCCUCUUGACUUCACUUUGUCGAACGUGAAAAUGAAUCGCAAUUUUCUAAUUCGUUCGUUCGGACAUCUGCGAGACAAGACUUUUUACUUUCGUAAUUUAUUAUAACGAUACAAGUCGACUAUCUUUGUAUGACGGCGAAAUACAUUUAAGUAUUGGAAAAAUCUUUCUUGGUUCAAAUAUAAUGUUUACACACCACAGAAAAGCGUCGUAGUGUGUUAAGUGUUGUAAGUAGAAACAAAAAAUUGUUAAUUUAUGCAAAACAGAGAAUUAAGUUUAAAUAAAUAAUAAAAAGUUGGCGAGACCCGACAAUGGGAAACUUUAGCAAAAAUAUGUCGUGUCUAUAUGUAAAUAUAAUAUAAUAAAAUAAAAUAUGAAAUUCAUCAGAAUUUAGAUUAAACGUUUCCAAUGAGAUUGCAUUAUUAUUUAGGGAACUGUAGAGAAAUGAAAGCCAAAACAGAAAGAACAAAAGCAAAACAAAAAUGAAAUGAAAACAUUUCUAUACAAGGAAGAAUCUAAUCUCUAAUAAAACUUAACUUUGAGUUUAGAUUGAAAAGCCUUUUUAUUACUAUUCUUAACAUGUUAGCUUUAAUUUUUUUUUUUCAUUUUUUUUUUAUUUAUAUACAAUUUCAAUGGAAA